GCUAAGGGAGGCAAAAAAAAGAAGCAGGUUCUGAAGUUUACCCUCGACUGCACCCACCCAGUCGAAGAUGGAAUCAUGGAUGCUGCCAAUUUUGAGCAGUUUCUUCAGGAGCGAAUCAAAGUGAAUGGAAAAGCUGGGAAUCUCGGUGGAGGGGUUGUAACCAUUGAAAGGAGCAAGAGCAAGAUCACUGUAACUUCUGAGGUGCCUUUUUCCAAAAGGUAUUUGAAAUAUCUCACCAAAAAGUAUUUGAAGAAGAACAAUCUACGUGAUUGGUUGCGCGUAGUUGCUAACAGCAAAGAAAGUUACGAAUUGCGUUACUUCCAGAUUAACCAGGACGAAGAAGAGGAGGAAGAUGAGGAUUAAAACUCAUUACUCUGGAAUGUUUUGUAUGAGUUCUUAAAUAAAACUGAGGAACCAAAUUGGUGGUUUUCCUUGUAUCUCUGCAGAAAAUUGGAAAUCAUAGUAAACGGGCUUCAUUUGGGCGGCCACUCA